AUGAUCCUCCCGGGCCUAUCUGACAGCCGGUUGGGGCCCAGCCGCAGCGUGACCGCACCAACACAGAAAAAAACCCUAGUCCCACAACGAACAUCCCAAAUUGACCCGGUCCAUCUUCAAUCCUCACUGUCGACAAUACCCGUACGAUACGACACGAAGCCGCCCACCAUGUCGACAUCCAAGGUCAAGGCUGGUCAGCUCUGGGGAAAGAGCAAGGAAGACCUUUCCAAGCAGCUCGAGGAGUUGAAGACCGAGCUCUCCCAGCUCCGUGUCCAGAAGAUCGCUGCCGGUGGCUCGUCGAAGACUCAGAGAAUCCACGACGUUCGCAAGUCGAUCGCUCGCGUUCUCACCGUCAUCAACGCCAACCAGCGCGCCCAGCUCCGUCUGUUCUACAAGAACAAGAAGUACACUCCUCUUGACCUCAGACCCCGCCUCACCCGUGCUCUCCGCCGCAGACUCACCAAGCACGAGGCCACCCUCAAGACGGAGAAGCAGCGCAAGAAGGAGAUCCACUUCCCCCAGCGGAAGUACGCCGUCAAGGUAUGCCCUCGCGCCGCAUCCCCAUUAGGACCCAACAUUCCGCAAUCGUGCGGCAUAUUCAGUUUGAGUCAGCAGAGUCACUAACGAGCAAUUUCCACAGGCCUAAAUGAAGACCAACGUCGUUUCUGGAUCUGAAAUGGAGUUACGGGAAGGUCGUUAUAAAAGAUGACGAGUUCGACCUAGAAACCUUGCGUGCGUGCGGGGCUUCGGGUUUCUGCAAAAAUCUUUUAAAGGUUGAUUUUGUAUCUUAGAGAUAUGAGAUGCAGGUCAAUAAUACAUGAAGGCUUUACUUGACAUGACAUGACAAUGCGACUUUACUUUUUGAAUGUGCGUUACGG